AUGUCGGCAGCGCAGCAGUCACAAGGUCAGCAGGUCAUCAAUAUUGCUGACCUCGACAUUGCACAGCUCGGCGAGAUCAAGAAGCAAUUGGAGGAGGAACUGAACCAUCUUACGUCGUCGUUUGCCAAACUGAAGCAAGCUCAGGGCAAAUUCAAGGCCUGUGUACAGAAUGUCAAGGACGUGAAGCCCGACAAUGCCGACAAAACCAUCCUCGUACCUCUAACGAACUCUCUAUAUGUUCCCGGCAAACUCACGGAUACGAAAUACGUGAUUGUGGAUGUUGGAACGGGAUACUAUGUCAAAAAGACGCGAGAGCAGGCACAGAAAUACUACGAGGCAAAGAUCGACUAUCUCCAGACGAACUUGGUGAAACUGGAAGAUACGAUCAAUCGUAAACGAGAAAACAUGAGCAUGGUGGUGAACGUGAUCCAACAAAAGGUCGCCGCAGCCGCGUCGAGCGCAGGACCAGCUGGACAGAAGAAGAGUUAG